GGGAAGGGCGCCCCGAUGCAGCCCAGCCGCUGUCACCCUGCCAUCCAGGCCAGCCUCUCCCCCGCCCGCUUGGCAGCCAGGAGGCGCUGCGAAUGGGAUGCGCUAAGCGGGCGCUUGCAGAGGCUCCUGGCUCGGGAGCCCCAGACUGACGCUCUGCGCCUGCUAGGACUGCAAAUCCCAGGAUGCACCGCGGGCCGCCCCACGUGCUCGCCCCGCCCUGCCGGGAAGCGCGGCGGAGGAGGAGGCGCCAUGAGGCUGACGCGGCUGCUGGCCAUGGCGGAGAAGCUGGCGCCCCCCUGGGCCCCCGAGCUCGGCCGGGCGGGGAAGGCGGCCCGCAGGAAGAAGCCCGUGCUGCCGGCCAUCCCGGAGGAGGACUGGCAGGUCUUCCGCGGGGACACGGUGCAGGUCCUGAGCGGGCGGGAGGCCGGCAAGCAGAGCCAGGUGAUCCAGGUGGACAAGGAGCAGCAGUCGGUGCUGCUGGACCGCCUCAACAUGGGCUACUACUACGCGGACACCGUGGCAGGCAGGGCCAUGUUCGCCCGGGAGCAGCCGCUGCCCUUGAAGGAGGUGGGCCUGGUGGACCCCACCGACAGGCUGCCCACUGAAGUGGCCUGGCGCUACACAGAGCAGGGCGAGCGCGUGCGUGUCUCCGUCCGGACUGGCCGCAUCAUCCCCAAACCCGUCGAGCAGAGGGAGGACGGCAUCGUCCCGGAGCUGUGGGUCGAUGGCCCAAAGGACACCUCCACCAAGGACGCCUUGGAGAAGACCUACACCCCGUCCUUGAAGACCUUCCAAGAGGAAAUUAUGGAGCGGAUGGGAAUCGUGGAGACACGGCGGCAGAGGAAGUCUUAUUGGUACUGAGGCUGCUGAUUCUGCUCCCCACCCCCAAGAAGGGAGGAGUCAGAGAAGCUCUGCAUUCACACGAGCGGGUUCACUGGCCGUCUUUUAUCAAAGGCAAAGACAAUAAAUAUCCCUUAACAGAACAACAAGCGUACUGU